UUGAUUUUUCAUCUUUUUACUCUUUUUACUCUGUGUAGUGAAAGUGAAAACUAUUCGUUUCCCAAGGACAUUUAAAAAGAAAAAGAAAUGUCCAAGAAAAGUCUCGAGCGUAGAUAAAAAUUAUCAAUUAUAGUAAGCGGGUGGGUGCGUGUGUCUGCUUGCCUGUCUGUCUUUACCCACUCUCGUGAGUGAAAAAGUAAAAACAAAAAUUAAAAAAAAAAAGAAAAAAAAAAAAACAAAAGCAAAAUAGAAAAUUUUAAUUGUAUUCGUAAUUAAACAAAAAAUGCAGCCUCCACCGCGUAAGGGUAACUAUGUGAAAUUCCUAAAAAAUUUACACACCGAACAAGUAGCCAAGCUGCAGUUGAAAAAUCAACAUGAAUGCGACUUACUCGAGGACAUAAGGCAAUUCACGAUCAAGCGAUCGGCCAUCGAGAAAUCGUAUAGCGAGGCAUUGCUGAAAAUCUCAUCGCAAUAUCUUAACAAGAAAAUCCCGAAUAUACCAGACAUUAAAAUGGAGGGAAUGGAGGAGAGAUGGAACAUGUGGAGUGUUUGGCGUACGGUCCUUGAGGAGAACGAGAAAUUAGCGCGGGCCCGUUUGGCCGCAAUCGAAGUUUUUCAACAACAAAUAGCCGAUGAGGCGAAGGUGUUGCGCGACUAUAAGGUGGCCAUAGCUAAGAAGGCCUUAUCGCAGAUUGUGAAUGUGCAAAAGGAAUUGCAUUUGAGUAUUGGCGACUUAGAUAAAGCGAAAAAGCAAUAUUUUGAUGAGGAACAUUGCGCCCAUGACGUGCGCGAUAAGGCUCGUGAUAUUGAGGAGAAGCUGAAAAAGAAAAAAGGCUCCUUUUUUCAGUCUAUAACGUCUUUACAAAAGAAUAGUGCACGUGUAACGUCCCGUAAAGAAUUGCUGGAGGAAAAGUCGACGGGUGCGCGCAACGAUUAUAUACUUAGCCUAGCGGCCGGUAAUGCGCAUCAGAAUCGUUAUUUCACUGUUGAUCUACAAACGACCAUGACUACGAUGGAGAAUUAUGUGUUUGAGAGAGUGGCCGAAUAUCUAACCCUAAUGGGGCGUACCGAACUGCUUACUUGCUCAGCUACCCAAAAUUCUUUUGGAAAGAUACGGGAUCAGGCCCAACAGUUAACGCGCGAGUAUAAUUUGCAGUGCUGUUAUCUAUUUUAUCCAGUGCUUAAGCAGCAUAUACAAUACGAAUUUGAGCCUUGCGACAAUGAUCCGGUCCGCAAAGUCACCACCGAACAUGAAUCUGCCGUGGAAACCUUAACAAAGGAAGCGAAAAAUUUAGCAGGACGUGUGGUCAAAGAGAAUUUGUCGGUAAGGGAGAAUGCUAAAAAGCUAGCAAUUUGUGUUUCACUCAGAGAUUCGGGUCAACGUUCGGAUCCCAACGAUCCUAACGGGCCUGAUUUAGAUACCAAAAUUGAAGAGUUUCGCGACAUGAUACGACGAUCAGAAACGGAAAAAGCUAAAGCGGAGGCUUGUCUGCAAUGCCUGCGUGAGGGCGGCAUAAAUGUGGAUGAAUGGGUUCAAGAAGCUGAAAUUAUUGGGGCUCAAGAGCUGACACGGUCUGCUAGUUCUAUAUCUAUGCGCACGGAUGCGUCAGGGCAAGGGGAAAAUCCCAGCUCCGAUUCAUUUUACGAUAGUGAUAAAGAAGAUGCCGGUAAUGCACCGAUUCAGGCUCCAGGUAAAUCUUCAGAGGAGACACAGCUGACGCGUGAUCGAACAUUUAGUGACAGUGAAGAAGAAGUCGAGGAACAAGUCCCGGAGCCAACAGCGGCAAUGCCAAUGAUGUCAGCAGCGACAACCGGUGGCUGGGAAGACCCUACCGAAGUUAAUUGGGGCGAAGAGGAGGAAGAAGAGAAAGAUGAGCAACCAAUUGCGCCGGAACCUAAAGAGGUCAUAUUCAAAUGUACCGCUUUGUAUAGUUACACUGCACAAAAUCCCGAUGAGUUAACGAUCGUGGAAAACGAACAAUUAGAGGUUAUUGGCGAAGGGGAUGGUGACGGUUGGUUGCGCGCCCGUAAUUAUCGUGGAGAGGAGGGUUAUGUGCCACACAAUUAUUUGGAUAUUGAACAGGAUGCCGUUGUCAAUGGCACAUCUGCCAAUCAAUUGCGUUCGCAAAUCUCAUUCUCGUCCGUCGAUUAUACCGUUGACAAUGAAGAUCAAACUGUGGACUCGAUGCAAUCGCCGGAUCAAGUUUCUGUAAUUAUGGCCCCACAAAAGAAGAAAUUGGAUGUGCUAUAUUGUAUUGCCUUGUAUGAUUAUGAUGCUACCGCUGAGGAUGAAUUGACCUUUGAGGAAGGUCAAAUAAUUAAGAUUGUAACUAAAACAGCUCACGGGGUAGAUGAUGGAUGGUGGGAGGGUGAAUUGGAUGGUAAAUUCGGUAACUUUCCGUCGCUAGUGGUAGAGGAGUGCGACGAAAACGGUGAACCUUUGUCCGAAGGCGUUGAAGCCUCACCGCCGCCUACUGCUGCGCCCAGUAUUGCAUUGCCACCAGCUCCGGCUCUACCACCCGAAUAUGCUCACGAAUUAACCGAAGAUAUGUUUGGAUCUCAAGACACCGCAGAUGACGACAGUGGCUACAUUCCGAACGGCUCUGCUCCUAGCAUGCCACCGCCAGUGCUGGUGCAAGAGCCAGGAGAUGAGCACGAUGCGGAAGAUGCUGGUAGCCAGCCGCCAACUAUGCGGGCACCGACGACCUUAAGUGUUACCUCUGUUGCCACGAGUAAGACUAAGGAUUCCUUGAAUUUAGGUAUGGCACAAAUAGUUGUUACCGCUGCAACCCCAUUGGUUGAAGACGGUUCAGGUAAAUCUUUCCCUCCGCUAGACGAAGAAAAGGAUUGCAAUGGUACUCAGGAGAAGGAAGCGGCCAUAGCGUCUGUAAAAACUGCCACAGUGAAGAAAAUGGCUGCUAGCGAGGACGAUGCGGACAAUUGCGAUAUGAAGAAAAUCGAUAAAUCGAUUGAUAAAGAAAUUGAAGGUAGGAAAGCCAUAGAGGCUUGUACUGUUACUGUAACCUUAACUUCGCCCUCGCCCUAUCCAGACGAUUCCCAAUCAUUAUCUGAUCAGGAUCUUGAUACCUCUGAUAUACCAAGUUUAAAAGAGGCUCAAGAUCCCUUCAAUGAGAAUGCGGCUGCAACCGCAGCAACUCUACCCGAUAACAAUGCGAAUGCGGAUGCCUUCGAAGCGAAUUUUGAAGUGAAUUUUGAAGAUGCGUUUGCUGGGGGUGCCACGGAGGAUUACGCGAACGGCAGUGAAAACAAAGAAGAAAAUGUUCAGGCACCGAAGCAGGUAGUAGGUGGCCGUGCCAGUAUACCUGAGGAAUUGGAUUCAAAUCAAUUGGCACGUUUGCAAAAUCUUAAAGAAUCAAAUGCCUAAAUCGUACAAUAUGUGCAAAGUUUAUUUUGUUACACUUCUCUAUAUACAUAAAUAUAAAUCAAUUGAAUGUGUACUUUAUUUAUGUAUUUGUGUCAAACAAACUCCCCACUGGAAUCUGCACAAUAACAGUAUAUAAGUGUAACAUUGUACCAAAUAAAUACACUUAUUAUUAAUAAUAUAACAUUAUAUAGUAGACAUACAUACAUAUAUACAUAUAUACAUAUAUACAUGCA